AUGCAACUGUACUCGGGAAAAAUGUACAUGCUUACAUCUCCAUUACAUGGCUCGAGCGCAGAUGGCACUGUCAACCCCACACAAAAUGACCCUGGUUUGGAUAGAACAGCUGGCAACCCGUUCAACACAGACCCCGUAAAUAUAGAUGAACUGGUUCAGGCUUUCCGUCACAGAGGAGGAGUCAUUAUAUUUCUACACAAUCCCAAAGCCGGUGGUUCCACUGUCCGAGAACUUAUCCAAAGCCAAGCCUAUGAGGUCCGAAAUGGCGACAAGCUCCACCAAAUUAACCCCCAAAAUGCCAAGAAUAAUAUUGCCUAUUGGGGUACCCACACUGUGACAUCCUGGAAGGCCUCCAAACUACGAAUCGAUGCCUUGCUGAGUCAGCAGGCGCAAUCGGCCAAUGGCACCAUCUUUAUUCUGGAAGACCAUGUCUUUCCGGAUAUUAUCAAUGUACUGAUACCCAGCCUGAAAAAAUGGCGUGCAAAAUCCAAAGCCAACAAUAUACCCCUCUUGGUUGUGGCCCAAAUACGGGAACCAGUUUCCCAUUUUGUCAGUUAUUUCAACUACUACCAUGUCCGAACCCAGAAAGCAGCACCCACACAAGAAAGCUUGGUCAAAUUCGCUCGGGAGAAUGAGAAUCUACAAUGCCAAUGGUUUGUGAACCGGGUUUGUCCCAAUGACAACAUUAUUAUCAUGCGACAACUAUUGCAACUGGUGCUCCACGAAAUUGAUUGGAUUUUUGAUACCGCCACCUUUGCCCAAGAGCUGCUGCCGCUCUUGACCUACAUGACCAAAUUGCAACUGCGAGAUUUGGGAAUUGUGCAACCUGUGGGGUACUACGACUACCACGGAGAAAAGUUGAAAGUUAUAGAUCUUUCCCAGGAGACAUUGAGGAUACUCCGAGAACAAAGUGUGCUGGAUCGGGAACUUUACGACAAUGUGACACGCCACUACCGAGACUUUUCCAAGUGGCGAGAUUAUUUGACAGCCAAAAAGGCGUUUACCAAAUGCAGUUGGUAUCCAGAAAACCAGACAUGUGUCUAUCCCGGAGGAGAAGCAGUUUCACCUGGUAACCUACCGGCAUAUUUGCUAUAG